AUGGCACCCCAAAACUCGACCCUGAUUCACAACGAUUCUGCCGGGUCCGCAACCGUGCCCACCUCGGCCGAGGAGCUGAGCAACUUCAGCCCCAUCCUACCGCCACGGAACCAUCAUCAUCAUCACCAUCAUCACCAUCACCACCACCACCGUAACACCCACCAGCGCCAAAACCACCAACCAUCCCGUGCCGAGGACAGUGAGGGUGGUCCGUUUGCUACGAGCUCGCUCGAUGGAGAUACCGCGGACGGGAAGCAAACGCUAAGCACGAAACCUACCACCAACACCAGCAAUGACGUUGCUGGAGCCAAAUGUACCACCACCACCACCACCAAGAGCACGACGACAUCGGCAGGCAACGUUGCAUCCACGUCGAGGGAAGGAAGUUUCCGAGCGGGCGGAGUGAUUGCGGACCGGGAGUUGCAAUCGCUGCCGGCCGGCUGGUCAGGAUGUGAGACGUUACCGGAACCGGGCGGCCCGCGAACGUGUGGCACCGGCCGAGGCACCGUGAAGCGCGAGCUGCUCAAAUCGAUUCCCUACCAUAGCCACACACACGAUGUAAAGCAAUACGCCGAAAGCCUCGAAACCGACAGCAACGGAACCGACGACACGGACGACGCAUACGACGGUACACCGGAGCCCCCGAAUGAUGGAACUCCGCAAACGUCAACCGAACCGGAUCCUUCCGCCACCGACAUUGAAAUACCGAUCUGGAUCCGGGGCGAGGCACGGUUCGUGUCCGGCAUCAACGGUACGACCACGUGCAGCAACAUUAUCCGGGCACUGAUCGACGACGAAAUCCAGAACGGAAAUUAUGGUCCGGAAGAUGUCGCAGUGUCGCGUGACGUGAGCGAUUACGUGAUAAUAGAACGAUGGCGUGAGGUCGAACAGGUCCUGACUGGCGACACACGAAUCCUGUCGAUCUGGAACGCGUGGGGCGACGCCAAAAACGAGGUGCAGUUCCGCUUGAAAAUAAAUAAAACUCACCUGGACAAAGGUACCGGCGGCAAGGAAAUCAAAUCGAAAAAGCAAAAGGAAAAAAUCGGACUCAUUAAUCGCAUGAUGCGCAAGGUGCUCAAGCAAGGUGAAGCCAUCCAGAAUCAUCUCUCGCAAAUCAGUCAAAAGUCGACGGAGAAACGGCAGCAGGAAAAGUUCCGCAAGUACGUGCGCAAAAACUGCGGCAAGCAUCUGAUCAUGGAGAACUUCCUGCACGAUGCGGCCACGAACAAUCUGUCCGACCUGUCGGUGGACGGUGAACCGCUGGUAACGGUGUCGCACGAGCGUGACGCCAAAGAUGCCAAGGUGCGUCGCAGUACAUUCCCCGGCAAGUUGCUCUUUUCCGCACGCAAAACAACGUCCGCCGGAGCGGGUGGUAAGCGGACGGAGGAAAGGGCAGGACGGGUGCUGAAGAACGUCCUGUUCGAAUCGUCCGAUACGCUGGCGGAUGGGGCGAAGGCAAACGAGGACGAACUGUUGCUAGUUAUUGACCACACGUCCGACAGUGACAGUGGUAUCUUCACCAACAACCACGCUCACAGCCGGCGGGACACACUGCCGAAGCGGCCAAACUUUGGUUCGAUGGUGGAGAUCGACCGGUACACCAAGGAUGUGGAUGAGCUGGAUGAGCUGGCGGAAAAGGAGGAACCGGAACAGGAGGAGGAACCAUCCACAGCCAGUGACACCGCGAAACGCCAGCAGAAGUACCAUCGGUCCAAGCGUCGGUACGAUUCGCUGCGCUGUCACCAUCAGAGCAGAAGACGCGACCUGGAGUAUGCCCUGUCGGAGGACGAUGGUGUGGCGUCAUCUAGCGGUGGGAGGCGUUCUGCCGAUCGUGACCAGGAGCUGGUCGAGCUGGUAAACGACAACGAUGACGAUGAGGCGGAGCACGAGCAAGACUUCACCCCACCGGUGGACGACUUCGAGUCGGAUGACCAGUGCGAGCUGCGCCGGGGCACCUUUAACCGUACCUCGUUCCGGUUCGACCUCAUCCGGCAGGAGAUCGCGACCAAGAUGGCGGAGAUGCAGCAUCUGCUCGAGCAGGAGGAAGAGUUGCUGCGACGGUUGAAGCUGAAGAGUGCCAAAUUCCAUGCCGAGAAUCAAAUCUACCGCUCGCACAUUGGGCUAGAUUUUCACGUCGAGCGACUGCAGCAAUCGAUCGAUCGUUGCGCCAAGGAGAUUAUCGACAUCGAGCAGCAGCUGCUGGAAACAAAGAUGGAAAUCGAAGAAAAGUCCCCGCUGAUCGAUAACCUACGCGCGCUGCUGGAAGCACAGGAAGCCGGCCAGUGCUACCGGGCUCCAUACAAACAUCCGCCGAACGAUCGACCACCGCAGGAACAGCGGUACGGCAUGACGACACACUUCCGUACCGGUUCGGUGGACGAAGCGGAAGCGCUCAGCGCAGACACGAGCUUCACCCAUGCACCGGCGGCAGGAUCACGCCACAGUCUCGCACAGCGCGCGUCAUCGAAGCGCAAAUCGGGAAACUCAUCCGUGAACGAGUCGGUUGAGUUUGUGGACAAUAUUUACGAGUUUUGUGAUAAUAAUCAAAGUUUUGUCGUUUGA